AAUGUCAUCGAAAGAUAGGAUAGUUGGCUCAACUAUUGAUAUUAAAGCUCUGUAUUACAUGGAACUAAAUAGACUAUUCCUCUUCUUUAUCUUCAUUCUUACUGGCCUUUUGUACUUGCUGUUUAAUUACAAGAGACCCAAAAAUUUCCCUAAAGGGCCAUGGCAUUUACCUUUCUAUGGUACAACACCUAUAAUAUCUAGACACGAUCCAAAUGCUUUGGUGGAUUUAUCUCGUCUGUCAAGAACGUACGGUAACGUCUUUUCAAUCUCAAAAGGAAACAGAUUCAUCAUUGUUGUCUGUGACUUUCCUGAUAUGAAGAAAUUUCUUGUUAACAAUGGGUUAGCAUUCUGUGGACGACCGAAAUAUUUCGAGACGGAUGAUGAGAAGCAAAAAAUUUUAACAAGGGGGCUGUCUCAUUCAAACUAUUCAGAGGAGUGGAGACGUCAAAAAAAAUCAUGCUCUUAUUUUUGUGCCCUACUCGAAAGGAUGAAUAGUACCCUUGAAUCAGACAUCCAAACAGAAAUAACAGAUCUAUAUAAAACAUUAGCCAUCAAGAAAGAUUCUACGGUACCAAUUCGAAAAUUAUUUAUGAAAACCUCCACGAAUUUGUUACUUAAGACUCUCUACAACGAAAGAUUUCCUUUGACAGACACAAGCGGGGAGCAAAUAUAUUAUAUGUUAUAUGAUCUCUUUGAAAAGAUAAGUGAAGUGGAUUCAAUUAAAUAUAAUCCACUUUUGUAUUAUCAUCCAAAUUAUAAAGGUAAAUGGAAGGAGUAUGAACGAUGUUUAAAGCUCCUUAGACACUUCUUAGAACAACGUAACAUUGAGCACAAAACAACAGUUAGUGACUUUGCUUAUAAACAAAAACCGAAAGAUUUUGUUCAAACAUACUUUCAAGAUUUAUUUUUCCCUAUCUUUAACACUCCAAGAAGCUUCAAGCCAAAUGAAGAUUGGUUGGAUGAUAUUGUUGAAGAUUUAAUAAUAAGUGGCGUAGAGCCUAUAAGUAGUGCUUUAUCGUGGUGCAUUUAUUAUAUGAUUGAUAAUCCUUCCGUUCAGCUGAAAGUUCAGGAGGAGUUAGAUAGCAUAAUACCCGAGGAGAAAUUACCUUCUUUAAAAGAUCGUCACAAGUUACCUUUUACUGAAGCUAGUGUAUUGGAAUCUCUUCGUCUGGGUUGUAUCUAUCCAAUUGCUAUUCCACAUGCUACUCUCUCUCGUGUUACAAUAGAUGGGCGUUCAAUAAAAAGAGGGACUGAAGUGUGGUUAAAUCUCUUUGCAACUUCAAGAGAUCCUAAGCUUUGGGAAGAGCCAGAAGAAUUUGUACCAGAGAGAUUUUUAAAUGAUGUUCGCCGAGUGACGAUACCAGAAUAUUGGGUACCUUUCGGUAUAGGGGAAAGGAGCUGUGCUUGGCAGCAAACGAGUUUAGUGCAAAUAUUCCUCAUUUUCGCUUCGAUUAUGAAAAAAUUUAGCUUUCAUACAAUAAAUGCUUCUCCAUUGUCAUCAUGUCAUCCAAUUCAGGGAGGAUUAACAAGAAAACCAGCCGAUUUCCAAAUUUCUGUGUCCGCAAGAGAUCAUAUAUUUAAGGAUAUUGAAUAA